GACCAGAGGCGACAGCAGGAGCAAUGGAGAUGCAGUCGUACUACACCAAGCUUUUGGGAGAGCUCAAUGAGCAGCGGAAGAGGGACUUUUUCUGUGACUGCAGUAUUAUUGUGGAGGGGAGGAUCUUCAAAGCGCACAAAAACAUUUUAUUUGCAAACAGUGGCUAUUUCAGAGCCUUACUGAUUCAUUACAUUCAAGACAGCGGACGACACAGCACUGCUUCUUUGGACAUUGUUACGUCAGAGGCCUUCUCCAUCAUCCUAGAUUUCCUUUAUUCAGGGAAGCUGGAUCUCUGUGGGGAGAAUGUUAUUGAGGUCAUGUCUGCAGCUAGCUAUUUGCAGAUGACUGAUGUGGUCAACUUCUGCAAAACGUAUAUAAGGUCAUCAUUAGAUAUCUGUAGGAAAAUAGAGAGAGAAGCUGCUUUCUAUCAGGCUGAUAGCGGGAGUGCUAGUUCUGCAAGGGAGGGCACCUCUUACAGUGCAAAGAGCCAGUGCUCUGCCUCUCUCCCUUCUCUGCAAGAAAAGGAAAGGAUUUCAGAUUGUCAGAGAGAUCCGCCCUGUGGUGAAUGCAGCAGCUGUCAUCCCUUGGAGCUGGUGGUGAGAGACCCCGUAAGCAGUGACUCUCCAGAUGACGUUAACUCUUCACUGCCCAAGGGGGUAGAACCCAAAGUAGAGUUUGACGCUGAUGAAGUAGAGGUAGAAGUGGGGGAACGGCUGCAGCAGUACCCGACUCCGUUGUCCCUCGAGCAGGUGGAAGAGGGGCUGCACAGUGGGCAGGCGAUGGACCUGGCCUGCAAUAACUAUCACAUGAAACAAUUCCUAGAGGUCCUAUUGCGCAACAGCACAGCUCAGAGAAAGGACGAUGUGGUUCACCACUUUGUGCGGGGCUUUGAGGGUAGGCCAGAGGAUGCAGGGGUAGCCAUGAGUUCCAUGAUGGACAUUCACAGCGACUGGUAUGGUGAGGAUACAGGUGAUGUGUUAGUUGUGCCAAUCAAGCUUCACAAAUGUCCAUUCUGUCCCUACACUGCUAAACAGAAAGGAAUACUAAAACGGCACAUUCGCUCUCACACAGGUGAGAGACCCUACCCCUGUGAGACAUGUGGGAAACGUUUCACUCGGCAGGAACACCUUCGGAGUCAUGCUUUAAGUGUGCAUCGAUCAAACAAACCAAUUAUCUGCAAAGGUUGCAGAAGAACAUUCACGAGUAGCAUGUCUCAAGGAUUACGACGCUUUGGCUUGUGUGACAGCUGCACGUGUGUGACCACUACGCAUGAGGACUCAAUGCCCAUUAACCUCAGCCUAAUGGAACCUUCCUCAGAAGGCCAAGAGAAAGGGGAUACAGAUAAUGAUUGGCCCAUAUAUGUGGAGUCUGGAGAGGAAAACGAUCCAGCUGAUGAUGAUGAUGCCGAUGGUGAUGAUAAGCAGGAAAUCCACAGGAGCUUAUCAGACCGAGAAACACUUAUGUAGCAGUGAGAGGAGAGUGGGAGGAUUUAAAGCGUCUCCCUGACGGUGGUCAGUCUGCAACAGAAAACUGGGUAUUUGUCCAGUUAGUGAGACUACUGUUUUUUAUCAUUCCAUUUUUUUAAAAGAACAGUGGGGAGAAUUGGAAUUUUUAUUACUUCUAAGUUUUCAGUAGGGUGAUCCAGUAUUCUGUGGAGACUCUUCUGUCUGGGGUUCACAGAGGUUGUACUCGGAACAAUCUCCCAUUGUGUCUCUGCAUCCCAGUUUGAAGGUAGAGACAGCACAUUUUGCAAGUGGAACAUCUCUGUGUUACUUUGAUACCAGGUUUCUUCCAGUACUGUUGUCGUGGCCCUUCAUCCCUGAUCUCAAACAGGCAUGGUCUUCUCUCUGAAAGGAGAUGUAGAUUAAAAGAAAGGUAGUUUUCAUCUGUUACCUUGGACUUUUCCUAACUAAGUUGUGAUCCUUCUGUGUUAGGAUAGUAUUAUCUAAACUGUAAACCUUGUCUGUUUGCUUAGACAGGAUUUGACCUGGAAACCAGGGUAGACCAACCAGGCUAACAAAAAUAUGCUGCUAAUGAAGGUAUGGACAGUAAGAAUAAAUAUAUUUCACAUAUCUUCAAUUAUAGGGAUUUAGAGAGCAAGCUUCUCUUUCUGAAUUGUUUUCACUGCAUCUGCCUCUCUCAAGAGCUUGGACUGCAGGUCUUCGGAUGUGUCUUUAAUGACGUUUAGACAACGCUAGAUCUGGCUUGAGAAACACUAAGCACACUUAAGAUGUUACAACAUUAUGGUGUCUAAUGCUCUGGUCGCUCAGUUGAGAAUAAGUGAACUGCCCGAUGCUCUUCGCUUUUUUUACAGUAGAAGUUAAAAUCUGUCAAUCAGCUUUCCCUUUUUUUAUGCUGUGGGAAAAAAUCCAAACAACUGGGAAGCAGUCACUGAUGUUGGCCAGAAGAAAAUGUUGUCAAAUACCUACAAUAAAAUACCUGGAAAAAAGGGAAAAAAAUCCUAGAUCACUCUGCAAUGAUAGUGGAUAUUUCACAGCGGAACUUUUUUUUUAAGCCUGCUUUUACAGAAUAUAUUUAAAACCUCUAUUUAUCUGUUGACUUAGAAUAUCUUGAAUCAAUGGAAAAUAUAAUAAACUACACUUUCUUUUCACUGUUUUCUUUUAAACAGUGAAAUCUGUUCGUUUUUACUUUAUUGGGGAUCUUUAUGUUAAUAUUUUUGUGUUUCAGAAGUGCCUGAGAAGUAUUCCUAUUUCCAAACCUGUUUACUGUUGAACUUUUUAAGUCAUUAAAACCUUUCCAUUAGAAUUAAAGGUAAUGUUUAUAAAAAUGAAUUUUUUGGAUCCAACUUAUAUUGACAAUGCUUUCUGCCCUUCAAUGUGCACACACAAAUUGUAUUUAUUCUCUUAAAGCCUAUUGUUAAUAUUAUACCAACCAAAUAAUUGAAGAAAGCCUGGGGUUUUUUGCCUGUUGUCAGAUUGUUUAACAUUCAAAUUUUCUAUAUGUCUGGAAUUAGCGUUAACGUGUAUUAGAAUCUAAAGAACAUUAUUUGUUAAAACCUUUCCAAUGUCUCCUUUAGGCACGUGCUUGUGUAUGCCCGCACAGAGUUGCUUGUAGGUUUGGAGCUAUUGCCACCAUGUCGUCAUCUCUGCCUUGUAGGUCAAUUGUGCAUUUUUGGUAAAACAGAAUCCUGACGUACAACAGCUUCCUUGUUUUCUAUUAAAUGUUUGUGGGCAGAAAUCUAGAUGCUAGUAAACUAAUAAAUAAAUAAAUAAAUGAAAACUCUCAGAACAAUAAGUACUGUACACAGCAAUUUUAAAUGCCAUCCCAAAAUUUCCAAAGGCAAUAUGCCAGACUUCAAACUUUGCACUGCCAAUCAAGAUGCAAAAUAUUUUAUUUGAAAUGAUCUAUGAAAAUAUAUGACUCUGUACUUCUUACAUGCUGUUAGCAUAACUAGCUCAGUCUGCGGUCUUGUAAAGGCUUAGACACACGUGAUUGAUCCCACUGAUCAUGAGACUAGUCACUAGGGUAAAAUUUAAGCAUACGUUAAAAGUUUUGCAGAAUUAGAAACCAAACCAGAUCUUAGAAAUUACUUAAGUUCUUCAAUGGCAAGGCUUGUGUUGCACUUCCUUUUUAGCUGCUGGUAUUCUUUUCAGGUUAGAGGGGAAUUACGUGAACGCUAAUUUAAUUUUAGAGCCAAUGACUGUGCUACUGCUUUUUCAAAUUCUGUGUCAUUUUUCAAUUGUUAAUGACUAAGAUAUGGGAGCUUUGACCCAGAGCAGUGUGUAUUGUUCAAACGAAAUUAAGAAGCUUGCUUUGUAAUUGUUUUAUUGUUAUAAUUGUUUGUAUUUUUUUAAUACUAGAAAGACAUCUUUUAUUGGUAGAUAGAUAAUGUGACAGCUAUUUCUAAUUAUGAAAAUUUUUGAAUACCUCAGUAUCGGGAGAAUUGGAGGAUUCUUCUGUCCACCUGUAUUAAACUAAAAACGAGAAUACUCACUAAACUAAACAAUAGUUAAUACUCUGAGUUUGGAGAGACCCCCUGAUUUUAGAGCAUUCUUAUUUUAGAUGUCAUACAGAUGGAUUUAUGGCUAGAUUCAAGGGCCUUCAUAAAUCUCAACACCCAUUCCAGGAUCUGUCCAUGUGAAAGCCAGUACAGUAAUAGCACUGUAUUUUAUAAACAAGAUUCUGUAUGUUUACAGUAAAGGGCGUUUUUCAUUUUCAUUAUUCAUUUUGUUAAUGCAGUGUCUCCAGGCAGUUGGUUAGUCUGAUCAAAAGUAUAUUGUCCUAAAAUACUAACUGGUACAAAUAACGUUUUCUUUUGUACCAUCUGAAUCUGAUGCAUGUGAAAUUCAGUUAUCCCUGCUUUCUUUAAAGGUCUAUCUUCUUUUAUAUUUUUCAGUUUUAACUCUUUGUUUAGCAAACUUGUAAAUGUAGGAGAAAUAUGACUUUAAGUAUCCCAGUACAGGCAAAAUAAGGGCACUAAAAACCAAAAAAACCCCAUAGUAUCCAAUAGUAACAUUAUUUUGGUGAGAAAGAGAAGUGCUAGGGAGUGAAAGAAGGGACUGACAACCAAUUUUUUAUGCUCUUGAUUCCAUAAGAAUUUAGGACCAAUAAUUCUGUGUGGGAAAAAGAUCAUGUAAAGUUCUAAAUCUGGGAUCUUUUUAGUAUUUUACAAAAGAUAACUUUGCAGUAUUUAGACAAUUCAGAGUACACUCCAUGUAGGAAGUGCUAACCCAGCAGACUUUUCCAGAUUGAAUAGCUGGACAGUUUCCACCAAUCAGUAAGUAAUACAGAAGUUGCACUGAUGUUUUAUCUGGAGCUGCCUGAUUUACAAGUAUAUCCGUCCUGAUGUUGGGAUGUCUGUGUGUGUAUGUAUUCAGGUGGAAGAGAGAAAAGAAUAAAUAAAACCAAAGUUGAGAAUUAAUGUGCAUCACCAUCAUAUAGGCAAUUUACCCUUUUAAGGGGUAGGGAUCCAAUCUUUUAAGUGCUUUUUGUAAGUUUUUUUUCUACAGUGGUGCAUUACUGAAUUUGUCUUUAUUGUACGUUAAAUUGUACAUGUACUAUAUAUGUUUAUAUCAUUGUAUGUAGUCUUGUUCUUUUAUAGUUAAAGAACAGAAAACAUUAAAUAUUAAUCUAACAAUAAGUGCCCUUUUUUCCAUUUCUCACAGAAAGGGAAGAUACUGGAGUUAGACAUCUUGGUAGUAAUUUUUUUUUAUCUAGGGAUGUACCUUAGCACAGAUUUGGCGGGGUUAUUUUAGGGGAAGGGGAAGAGACCUGGAUUCAGCAAGGAUGUGUGGAUAAAUUCAUAGAACCAUUUCUAUAGUUUUGUCAAACUCUGUACUUUUUCACAGGUGGUAAACAUAAUGUUUAGAACGUAGCCUACUCAACUAAGGUUUGGCAUACUGGCACUUAGAAGAUUCUUCCCGAUAUUUAACAGAUUAGGACAAGAUACAAUAAUUUCCUUUUCAUCCUGAAAUGACACUGAUUCUGAUAAAUCACAGAGCUGUGACGUUUCGCACAAUAAAAAGUCACUUAUGUGCUCUUGUAUUGCAAAUAUUUUUUACUUAAAUUUUCACAGAUCCACCAGGCUUACAAGCCAACACACAGAAAGUGCAAGUGUCCUAUGACCCUGACAGGACAGGUAGAGCAAGAAGGGACAAAGCGUUACAGACUCUGUAAUGAGUGUCUGGAUGAACCUGGUAUAGAAAGUAUUUUUACUGACCUGGAGGCUGAACAAACAUUCGUGUUCGUACUAGAAGACAACAAGGGUGCUAGCUAGGGAUCUUAGUGAAGACCGCAGAGCUAAAGAAAUCCUGUAUGAGUAUACUGCCUUUGUCAUGCAGAAAGCUAAUGAAAGUGAAGAUGAUGCCAAGACAAAAGAACUAAAGCCAAAAGCCAAGUAUCAGCUGGCAGUGUCUUACAUGACAAUAAUAACCUCAUCCUUAAACUCAUUUCUGGUGUCUUGCUCAUAGUUCUCCUAUCUCCAGACCAUGUCUACUUAACUUUUAAAAAGCUCUUUCAUGACGACUGUGCUAUGUUCUUCUGCAUACUCUGUGUUCCUCAAGGCAUCAGGCCCCAUAAUACAGAAAAAUAUCCUGAGAUGGAGUGAUGAACAACUCACCUACGAACUACUACAGAAGUGUAUUUUUGUGUGACACAAGUUUUCUCAAAAGUUUUCAAAUAAAAAAUGUUCACUGAGAAUUACUUUUCCUUCAAGCAGUAUAGCACUAUUUUAAAAGCAUUAAUUUCUGCAAGAAUGUGGAUUAUAAUUCCUGUUGUUCAGACUCUGUCAUUAUAUUAAUUUUACAUCAGAAAAAAAAAAAAAAA